UUCGAAAGACGUUGGAGUUUUGAAGGCAGACGUUUUUAUUGCAUUCAAUCUCAUCUUGUCUUGACUCAAUCACUUUGACAGCCAAAAAAUAACUAUUAUUUCAGACCUUCAGACCCAAAACCCUUCCAAAAUGGUCGUCAGUGGUUCGGAGUGUGUCAAACCAGGGAUUUCUCGAGCAAAGCAGCUUGCAGAGAGCGAUGACAUCGCGAGUAGUUUGAUUGUCGAUAAUGUUCUUGGAUUUACGACUCACAAAAUGGCUGCGCGGUUUAGACCCGUAAAGAUCGAUCCAACCAUCGUUAAACGAGCUCUACUCAGGUUAAAAGGAGAUGGGAACUCAGAACGGGUUUAUAAUGAUAUUAUCGACAACACUGGCGAAUGGAAAAUGUUUUAUUUCCUGAAUAAAUCUCGGAGCCAAGUCACUGCUUUUAAACAACAUAUGUCACGGUACAUUGGGAUAUUCCAUGCUGAAGCUGGCUUUCAGAUUGUACCUUGUAACAGAUACUCCAAAGAACAAAAUGGUGCGAAAGUAAUUGCCACAGACAACUGGUAUAAAGGAGACAAGCUACCAUAUCUGUGUGGAUGUAUUGCCGAGAUGACAGAGGAAGAAGAGAAGAGUAUCUUGAGACCAGGAGAGAAUGACUUCAGUAUUAUGUUUUCUAUCAGGAAGAACAUGUCUCAACUUUGGUUGGGUCCUGCGGCAUAUAUCAACCAUGAUUGCCGGCCAAACUGUAAGUUUGUGCCGACAGGGCGUGAUACUGCAUGUGUUAAAGUCUUAAGGGAUCUCGAACCAGGAGAUGAAAUAACUUGUUUUUAUGGAGAAAACUUUUUUGGGGAUAACAAUUGCAAAUGUGAAUGUCUGACUUGUGAAAGGAGAAAGGAAGGUGCCUUCAAGUCAGAGCAGGUUGAAAAUAGCCGUAAACAAAAGUAUUCCUUCCGGGAGACAGACAAGCGGUUAAGACGGCUGAAUUCUGUCAAAGUUGAAGAUAACAGUAAAUCUGUACUGUCGCCAAAUCCAGAAGAUGCUUGUUUCAAUAAUGCGUUACAUGGCAUGGGUAAGCUGUUCAUUUUGGGCACUGACCAUCAAUUAACUACGGAGUAUGGCACGCAGAUCACUGCAAGCCUGAUGGUCAAAAAAUCUAAACCAAGACGACACUCGUCCGGCAAUGAAAACCAUUCAUUGUCUAGAUUGGGCGGGGAGGCAGGACAAAUAAAGCGGAGAAAAAGGAGAAUAAGGUUGUCAAUGCAGCCAAAGAGAAGAAGGCGGUCAACUCCUGUACCAGCAUCAGAACAUAUAGUAACAACAGAACAAAGCGAGUUCAUUGAACCAGAGAUACCAAUAGAAAUAUCGUCUGAUGAACUAGACAACGAGAUCAGCGAAAUGGACAGCGAAAUCUCUACCGGGGAUGAUAACCUCGAUAUUAAAUCGCCUUCUACUAAUCCUUCUCCAUCGGCAUUCAAACCUUCAGAAAUUCAUAUUCCAAUCAGGGACUUUUUAAAGGCUGGCUUCAACACAACGAACACUGUGAUAACAGACAACCUAUCUUGUCAUCAUGUGAGUGGAAUUUCUUCUUGAACUUUAUUUAUCUGCACUGAAUAAUGGGAGCACGUCUUCUGGCUCAAAUAUUGAAAUCUUUCUAAUUUCUUGAUUACGCUAGUGAAUUUUGUAAAUAUAAUAGCCUAGGACCAGUUACAGCGCUUUCUAACCACAUGCUCGAAAUCGUGCAAUUGAGCCCUUGAAGUCCGUCAGAAUGCAGCUUAAUUUGAAGGACAUCACUGACAUAACAAUAGGUUUCCAAUUCUGAGGAGAUCGAAUUUUUUUUGCUUUGUCCUCCAAUUGAGGUGCUUAGACGUCACGUGCAAGGAGUCUAUUAAGCUGCUUUGACGUCACAUGCAAGGGGUAUAUUGAGCUGCUUUGACAUCACAUGCAAGGGGUCUAUAAGCCUUUUCAUAGUUUAAGAAUCGAUUCCACUGCGCAUGCCUUCUUUUGUUCUUAA